UUUCAGUGGAGAGCUUUGCUGCACUUUUUACAGUUUAUCAUAGUAUCAGCGAUGACUCAACACAGAUCGAUCUUGUCGAAUGAUUUGAUAUACUACUGUCGAUGAUGCAUUCAUCAUUUGAUAUAUAAGGAAACCAGAGUUGCCGUGCAUUGUGUAUAUUAUAUGGCGUUUACUCCGGAACGCGGUGCAUUAAUCGUCGAUUCUCAAUAUGAAAAUGAGGAUCAACAGUUUUUGGAAGAAAUACAUCUUUCGAAAAGUAACUGUGCUGGUGCGGACAAUGGUUCUAUUAAUAGCGAUCACGGUAGCGGUAGUGGCUUCUAUAAUCGGGAUCAUUCACAACAAUCUGUCAAGACAUAUGCACGAUUGCGAACAAUCAAAGCUGAACCAAUGGAUUAUGAUGAGCAAACUUGUUCAGAAAAUGGUCGAUCGGCUCAAAGUUUUGGCGAAGAUAACGCAUCUAUUAGUGAGACAAGUCAAAUAGAUUAUUCCAUCAGUACCCGAUAUGUAGGGCAUUCUCCACGAAGUGCAAGAGGUUAUGACAUCAUAAAUUAUAGUGCUGUGGAAGGCGCCAACCAAAAUGGUGAAGGUACUUUGGGAUUAGGUGCCAGCCGAGUGGUACAGGAACCAGGUCCGAUAGGGGAUGAUACUGAGGAAAGACAAGAUAAUAGUGGCUUGCAGAAUCGUAAUGGUGUUUCUGUUGUAUGGACGCCACCUUCAUUUCGAACAUAUCGUCCACCGUGUUCUGUGGAUUGGCGACAUCCACGAGUGAGAGAUGUCUUACGUGACUACAGAAAUCAGAAAAUUAGCUCACGCGAAGGUGCUGAAUUAAUCACAAAAAUAACAGGCAGUCCAGUAUCUACUACAACAGUGAGAGUGAAGAGCCGAAUGCUAGAUGACUUGGACGCACAGUGUGUAGAAAGCGGUACUGAGUCGAGAUGUGGCUGUGAGGUUGGAGGUAGUGACGGUACAGAUGGUAAUCAAUCAUUACGAGAAAAUGGUAGAAUCAAAUUCUUAGCGAAUAAUGUGAACAAAGCUCUAAUUCCUGGCAUCAAUGCUCCGAUUGUAGCUCCACCAAAUUCUCCGUAUUAUCUGUCUUUUUCACGCCGUUUCAAGCAAACUUCAUUGACAGUACCUCUCAAUCCGGAUGAAGUUCGGUUAUACAGGCAUGCAUCCCAUUCAAAGUCUGGACGAACAAUACAUUUCAGAUGUUCACGCUGCGAUACUCUACACCAAACUUACAAAAGCGGUGAAAUUGCACGUAUUAAAAUGGUAGAUGGCGUCGUUGUUAGCCAGUUAUAUCCAGUACAUCAUGAACGUUGUAAACCAAUAAGAUUAGUGGAAGCCAGAGCAAAAGAAAUUGAACGACGUUGCCGAAAGGAUAUAAUUCUAGGAAUGAAUCCAAAAGAAGCCUGGAAAAAGGGACGGAAAGCAGCCAUUUCGGAAGCGACUGCAGCUGGUUUUCCUGUAUAUGGGCCUGGCUCUAUACUGUCUGCGUUUCCGGAAUGGGAUAAAGUUAAAGCGCUUUUUGGUGCUUUGCGCGCAAGAUAUAUAAGAAGACAGAUGCAUCUCAAACAACGUAUGGCUGGCAAAAAGAGUUUCGAUAGUGAUGAGAGGAAAUUGGAGACCGCCGAUUUUGACAUGGCUGAAGUUUCACGACCAAAAAGAUCAUGGGUUGGGCAAGGAGCAGCCUAUGCUAAUUCUGUGCGACAUGAUGAUGGCGCGUCAACAAGCGGUUUGGAGAAUGUAGCAGUUAGUGAAGGUGAGGAAAUUGUGGGUAAUGAUUUCGAACUGGACGAUUUUGAAGAAGAGUCGCUGUACAAUUUCAUGCAAAAUGCCGGAAAAGUUGCAAAUUUCAAUCAGGCUUGCAGUAGUUCAAAUAACACUGCAAACAGUGCAUUCCCGAGGAACUCAUCAAAUGAGUCACUGACACUUACAUCUACUUUUACAUCAGAAGCAACCAUUGUAGAAGAACGACAAUUUGAUGUUCCGCAAAAUAUCGUCGGGCAAGGGCAUGGUAAUAUGGAUUCUGAUAGCUCCAAGGCGACAUAUGAAGUGCAAGAGGUAGAGCGGGCAAUUGCCAGAGCAAGUGCGCCACUUGAAAGAGCUAUUCCGGAUCAACUGAAUCGACCACCAGUCUUGACACCAUCUCGUUCCAGUCCAUCAUCCAGUGUUCUUUCUGCAUCUGUAGAGGGCCUAUCCGAUGUUGAAAAGAGGGCUGGUCAUCCAAGAAAAAAGCGAAAGCGAUCAGAAGAUCCGAAACCAGGUCAAGAUUAUAUUACAUUUGUUUCUCCGGCUGGCGUUUUACCAUGCGCAGAAAAAAAGAAGAAAUACACUGAAGACGAUGCAACGGAGAAGCUAAAGAAAAUAGAGCUAUAUAUUGCUCAAUAUAACGCGCUAAGUGAUAAUAAAAUUGCCACAAUACAUGUGAGCCCAGGUGGUGAUUUGAAGUUGCAUGGUAGUAAGUACAUCGUCGAUGCUUGUUUACACUCAUCCAUUAUCAGGGAUUUGAAAAAUAAGUGGAGAGAGCGAGAAGAGGUUGAUGAGGAAGGUGUCGAUGAUGAUGAGCUUGUUUCAAUUCCGCUGGUUAGAUGCUUACCAAACCUAGAAAUCAAUAUUGCUAACACUUCUAAUGUACGUGCAAUGCUCAACAGAUUCUUGGAAGCAAUGCAUUACCCUUGGAAGCCGUGGUUUGGCGUGUCACAUAAUCCAGAUUAUUGGCCGCCAUCUGUUCCAUUUUAUGAUCCGAAUAACGAUCUCCUGAGCUUGAGCAAUCUUAAACAGAGAAAAGAAAUUGAAAAGCAUUCGAUUGUGGAUCUUGAAAGAGAUAUUCUGAAGUACGCUUUCAAACAUUACAUAAGCUUCAUGGAAUAUCAUUUUGGACUUUCUGGGCCAAAUUAUGAUGAAGAUUCACGAAAUAUUGAGGGUGACACAAAUACAGGUGCACGAGUAGUGCGGCACUGCACUGUUGGUGUAAAUGCCAAUUUGCUGCAAGAGGAGUCUUCAGCUUUUAAGGCAUCAGAAAUGCAAAACAUGGAAACAGUGAAAAUUCAGUCAGAUGAAGUUCAAGAAUCAUCAUCUAUGGACUUCACUUCCGGCAUUUCACAUCCACCAUCAAGUGAUGAAGCUGGUGAACAAUAUUCAGAUCCGGCAACAUCUGCAAAGGACAUCCCAGCUAUUUCAACUUUCACAUCAGUAUCACUUUCUAGUGAAAGGAUUUUGGAAGAUCAGUUGUCACUCUUUCGUAAUUCAGUUUUGCGAAUUCGUUAUGAUCAAAUGGGUGCAGAUGUGCGAGCGAUUUUGGAAUCAGUGAUCAAAAUCCAAAAUCAUUCAACAUGCAGAACUUUGGUGGUUUUUGCUGAUGAGCGGAAUAAAUUGAGCUUAUCUGGUGACAAAACUCUGAUCUCGGCCUUCUUAAGCUCAAACAUACCUCACUGUUUGCCUCCGGCUAUGAGCAACGGCUUUGAUAAUCAAACCAUUACACUGCCUUUGCUUCAACUUUACGAAGACACCGUUGUCGACCAAAUGGCUGAGGACCGUGCACUAGAUUUGUUGGAUGAUAUGAUGUUGCAUGUUAAUUUCCCAUGGGUGGAUCCGUAUGAUGGCACUCAACCAGAUUGUUGGCCACCUGAAAUACCUUUCUGUCCACCUUGGUCAAACAAUGGAAGAGGGAUACUAAAUCGACGAAUUGGUGCGAAUACUCCUGGUCAAGCUGCUAAAGUAGUUCUCAAAAGCGUACGGUGGUUUUAUUCCGAAAUGCUGCUUGAGAAGCUGAAGUUAGAAGAUGGUUUGAAAAGGAUUGCUCCAUCAUUAGCCGAAUUGACACAUAAUCUUCUACAAGAAAGAAGUAGUGCGUUGCAAACACCCAUCCCACGUUCAGCUUCUCAGGAAAUAACUCAGUUCCGUGUUCCUGGGAAGAUCAUAAAGCGGAAUUCAUCUCAGCGUUCUUACUCUUCACAGUUGCGAACUUCACCUCGUCAUUCUAAUUCAUCACAGGAACUGCGAAUGUAUGAUCAGCCACCACUUGCACCACCACCACCAGAAGGACGGACUGAUUUCACGUUGCAAGAUUUGCCUUACCGUGGUCGUACAGCUCCACUCAGUCCAUCGCAGCAUUCUGUUUCAUCCCAGGAAACUGUUCCAUUUCGACUACCACCUCAUCAUCCGUUAGCAAAUGCACAUCUUGCUUUGCAGCAACACUCUAUUUCUGAGGAGCCAUACGAUGCUCAAAACUAUGAAGCUCGUUCAGAAACUUAUAUAAUAUCUGAUGAUCAUGGUAUUUCAAUGAUGACACCUGCUGAGUCUUGCAUACUCCAAGAAGAAGUGCCUUUUCAGAACCCAAAAACAGCAGUGCCAGCUCAUUCUCAUGUGUCAACAUCACCUCGAGAUUUCAGAAUGCCCCGAAUUCCAUCGCAGCAUAUACUAACUUCUGAAGACCGUCCAGCAAGUUGGACCUCACACCAUUCUUCGGCGAGUUCUGGAUCGAGAUCUUCUCAAAGUAACAAAAGUUCGCUUCAUUCUAAUGCACGUUCUGAGUCGCGCGGAUCAGUUGCAAGUGCAUCGUCGAAGCAGUUUACCGCUCCGGGACAUUCUUAUCAAGUACCUGCCUACAACAAACCAAGCGCAAUAAGGUUGCAUAAUCAGAAGGAGCAGCAACAAUAUUCUGCGGCAUCAGUAACUGCCAAAUCGCAACACAAUCCUUACGUAGCUAAAGAAGAUUCUACUGCUGCAAGCAGAUUCCAUGAUGAAAGUUCCUCAUUUCGGGCGGCAACCCCACGUUCCUGUUACUCUGAAUAUUCUGCUUCAUCUCGUGACGUGGAUGUACAAGGUUCAUUUAUUGAUGAUGCAGUCUGUCCACAGCGUCAUUUUCAGCAAGCAGAGUUGGCACGGGAUUUUGUAACACCGCAGAACCCACAAUUACAGCAACAAGAACAAGAAUCGCUAGGGAAAGGUUUUAUAAGGGUAUUGUGUGCCUGUGAGCCAGGUUUGGAGCUGAACGCAAAUGAUUGCUUACGAUGUAAUCGUUGCCAUAAAAAUUUUCAUUCUAAGUGUUUGCCAUUAAAACGGAGAGUUAGUAAUUAUUAUUGCGUGUCUUGUUAUGAGAAGUGAUGGGUCCAC